CGGGGAGAGCUGCCCUAGCAGCUGUUGGUGGGGCCCGGGAGGAAUUUUGUAGGGGAGCUGUCGCGAUUGCCCCCUCCUCUGCCCCUCAGUUACCGGGUGCUCUCGGCUUUGGCCGGAGUUGGGGUAGGGGGAGCGGUUGGCCCAUCUUCUCUUCAUUACUCUCUUCCUCUGCCAGGCCAGGAUCAGGUACCGUCCCAGGGUGAUCGGGUGGCUGGCUUCUCACUACUAAUGAGGUCAGAGGCGCCCUCGUUGGAUGUUUAAACCUUCUCUUAUUCCAAGUGGCCGCCUGCUGUCCCUCUCCAUUCAUUCAUUCUCCAGGACGAGGUGUGACUGCUGCAUGCUGCUCACCUAGGUGGCUUUGCACCUCUGUCUGGGGCAGACCGGUGUAUGGCCCCAUCUCCCCCAAGCCGAGACGGUUCUUUCUUGCUCUCUCUUCUGUCUGAGAUCUGAUGGGUGUGUGGUCCGAACCUCCUCUCAGCUAAGUCGGGAAGCGGGGAAUGGAGCACUUUAAUUCUGGCCUGAUGAAGUAUGGGGAGGGGUGAAGGCAAUAGAUGUAUAGUGUUGUGGAGGAGAGUGCUAAGGUUUUAGGCCCUUCUUUGUGGAGAAACAGACCUGAACAAAUAUUCACGUUGUUAGCCUUAACUAUUUCUUUAUAGAAUGAGGAUACACAUUGUUUAUGUAUAGGGUGGAUGAGUGAGUGGGUCGGAGCUGGUUCCUUGUGGAACUUCUCUCAAGUAAUUUAUUAUUUUUCUCCUUUGCUUUCUCUGGUAGGGUCCCGUUGGUGGAGGAUUAUUGCACCGGGAUGAUUCCAGCUGUUGGGAAGUAACUGAGCAACGUCUGGAGUGCUCAGGCCUCAGAAAUAAGGGAAGGGGGCUUGGGGUCUCCUGGACAGCAACUCUGGUGCUUCAAGGCCACCCAUGACCUUCAGGAUGGAGGCAGAUGGUCUGGAGUGGCUCUUCAUCCCUUUACACCAAAUGGUGUCAUGGGGUGCCUCAGGGGCCAUGGUGUUUGGAGGUGUUGUGCCAUAUAUUCCCCAGUACAGAGACAUCAAAAGAACUCAGAAUGCUGAGGGGUUUUCCACUUAUGUUUGUUUAGUGUUAUUAGUAGCUAAUAUUUUACGGAUACUGUUCUGGUUUGGAAGGCAUUUCGAGUCUCCUCUUCUGUGGCAAAGCAUUGUUAUGAUCUUUACUAUGUUACUGAUGUUGAAACUCUGUACUGAAGUUCGAGUGACAAAUGAGCUGAAUUUAAAACGUCGUUCCUUUGCAGCUGCAGAUAGUAAGGAUGAAGAAAUCAAAGUUCUACCCAGGCGAUCCUAUCUGGACUUUGAUUUGCACUAUUUCUGGCAUUGGAGCAAGUUCACGGACUACGUGCAGUGUGUGUUGACUUUCACGGGAGUGACUGGAUACAUCACUUACCUCUCUCUUGAUUCUGCUCUGUUUGUGGAAACGCUGGGGUUUCUGGCUGUAUUCACGGAGGCCAUGCUGGGUGUGCCACAGCUCUAUCGGAACUACCAGAAUAGAUCCACUGAAGGAAUGAGCAUCAAGAUGGUAUUAAUGUGGACCAGUGGUGAUACCUUUAAGACUGUCUACUUCAUCCUUAAUCAGGCCCCUUUCCAGUUCUCUAUCUGUGGCCUGCUGCAGGUGCUGGUGGACAUGGCCAUCCUGCUGCAAGUUUACCUGUACACCUACUACCCCCAGAAGCCAGCGUCACAUGCGGCACAUCCAGUCAGUGCAAAGGCCCUCUGAAGGCAUAGAAAGAAAAGAUAUCUGCCGUCAUCAAGGGGGGACAUCAGCCAUCUGACAGCUCUGCUUUCCUCCGAAUGAGCCUGGAGAUACAGCUGCCUCCUUCCAUUCAAAAGCAAAAAAGGACUGGGAAAUGUACUAGGGUGCAUUGGUGAGGCUGUGUGGGAUUAGGGGAAAAGGCAUGAGGAAGAGGAAGAGGAGAGAAGAACUGAAUGUCCAAUAUCUUGAGGGUUAGCUUUAAUAAUCUAUUAUUGUACUUCAAUCUUACUAGGCAGUGAGGAUGUUGAAAAUCUUGGUUUUGAUAGGUUUCCUCCCAUACUUGCUUAUGGGCCUUAUUCCUAAUAGGGUAGUAUAAGUAUAUUAUUAUGUAUGCAUGCUCAUGAAUGAGCAUUUAUAUAGAAAUGUAUUUUAUAUCUCAAGGGCUGGGUUUUAAUUUUUUUAAUGAUAUAAAAUUUUUUUCUACCCACUAUUCCCCCCUUCAAAAAACCCACCAUCCAUAAAAGUAUUUGAUCUGAAUUCUUAAAAUAUUUAUAAAUAUUAUGCACAUUGAAAUUUAAGUUUAGAAUACUUAUUAGAAAAGUUAGUUCUCUUGAUGUCCUGGGAACAGCCACCAUAGUCAGCAAUGUUAGGUAAAAGAGAGAAAAAGAAAAACAGUCCCAGUUAUCAAGGAGAAGUAGUUAAAAAUCAGUUUCAGGUUCCCAUCUCCAAGCACAGGUUAUCUCUCUGUACAAGAUUGAAUCCCCAUUUGGCACUCAAGCACCAGUCACCUUUUAAAUGGACUAUUCUCUCAUUUCCUUUACUGCUGGCAGUGGAGGACAGGCUAGGGAAUUGUUUUGACUUCCUGGGGACCUUGUAGUAGCUGUGAAGGUUGCUAAGGGUGAUGAUGAGUUGCUCUCUUGUCUGGGGACAGAGGAAGUUGAUUCUCUUCUGUGACAAGGAAAGAUCGACAAAAGAGAGGCCAAGAUUGGGUAAACUGGCAGUCCUGUUCAUGGCUUACUCACUGCCCCAGCUACUGCUGCUGAGUGAUGGCAUCACUUGAAUGGAGGGAGGACCUUGAUAGAAAUUUGUGAGGAAUAGGCAAGAGGGAAGGAGAAAAGCCAGAAAUACUGACAGGAGUAACGAAUAAUUCCUAGGAACAAUCUAUGGCACCAAUCGCCUUCACUUAAAAAUAGCUCUGUUUGCUCACCAUCCCCUCUCACAGGAUGACUCAGUGCCAAACAGUAAGCGUUUGUGACCUGAGGGGAGAGAACUUGGAUUCCCUGAGGUUUACAGAUAGAAAAGAAACAUUGUCAAAGGUUGGCUAGACAA